AUGGCGGGUCGACCACAGAGCUUCUCCUCAGAAGCUAUCGUUUCCAUGAUAGACGGAGAACCGCACCAAGAGGUUCCGCUACUCGGCAUGCUGGGAGGCCCUGCGAGCCCCGCAAGACGCUCUAGGUCUUCGAGUAAGCCUUACAGAUGCUCCUCACUUCAAAGUGAUGGCACCUCCGCAAGCCAACAGAGUUCCGAUUUGCCGCCUGUUUUACAGCUUCUCCAGGGCGUGGGAGUGAUUGAACUCUUGGAACAGGAUGAACGUCCGACAUUCAUCAUCGACUUGGCUAACUCGGCCAACUUCGACCCCGGACCGCUCCACAUUAUCUUUUCCAAUGCUUCACUGAGAGCGGCCCCCUUGGUCUCCGACCUCCUGUUAGCAGACACGACGGAUCCAGGACACGGCGCUGAUUUCUCGCGUUUUAAGGCUUGGGUUGUCAGUUCCGUGAAGGACAACGAGUCAAUGGACGUAUGUCUUCCGUCUCUCUCAUACGCAGGCAUCAGUUGGUCAUGCUCGACGUUGAGGAAGCGUUUCCGCUUCGUCAGUGGCAACAUCAGUGCCGUUUCGAUUACCCCGACGUUCCCCAGCCGUAUAGCGCAGGCCUAUUCCGUUCUGGAACAGCGGGCACGAGGUCCAAUGCCGGCAACAGGCCUCGACACGCCGAAAGAAGACCCCGCGGGCGAUGUUGGCUAUUUUGGAGAUGCCAACCAGCCUAAAGCCACUCAGAGGUCCCACGUCCGAUCCCACUCCGAACCUAGGUCCAAAGCCGAGUCUGUUCUCGACCCCCUAAUCCAACACACGGGAGAUCUUGCUCUUGAUGACUCACAAGUUGAAAGCAUGAGACUCUCGUUUGACUGGACCAGGAUACCGCUCGAUGCACCGAAUCUACCCUCACACAUUCGAUUUGCGCGAUCGGUAGACUGGGCAGCGACGCCACUUGGGCCCGUGGACACCUGGCCGCCUGACUUGCGAUCAACGUCGAACAUGAUCAUGGGCAGCACGCGUCCUGCAGCCAUGUAUUGGGGUCCUGAAUUUAUCGCGAUCUAUAACGAAGCCUACAUCUCCGUUGCUGGCCAAAAACAUCCUCGGCUGAUGGGCAUGAGAUAUCCGGAUGCUUGGCCCGAAAUUUGGCAUGAGAUCAAGCCUGUCUUUGAGAACGCUUGGACUUCUUGCCAGGCGACGACGAAGCAUGAGGACAGGCUCUUUCUAUCCCGUAAUGGGUACCUCGAAGAAACCUUUGUCAACUGGUCCAUCGUGCCACUUGUCGGGAGUGACGGAUCCGUGGUUGCCCUCUACAACCCCACUUUCGACAGCACUCGCCGGAAAGUGAACGAGAGACGCACCCUCUUGCUGCACGAAGUUGGCGAAAAGACGGCCAAAGCCCGGGAUGUAAGGGCAUUCUGGGCCCAAGUCAAAUCUGGCCUCAAGUCAAAUGAGUUCGACGUCCCCUUCGCUCUCAUCUAUUCAGUCAGCCGAGAUGUCCAGGGCGAAGUAGGCUCCACGCAUUCUAGUGGCAUGGAAAUCCCCCAUCGGGCCAUUCUCGAAGGAGCUCUUGGGGUGCCCCCUGGCCAUCCAGUCGCGGUCCCGUCCAUCGACUUCCGCUCAACCGAAGAGGGAUUUGCUCCGUAUAUGAGGGAAUCUGUAACCCACCUAAAUGGUCCGGUUGUCUUGAGACGUGAGGACGGGACUCUACCGGGCGAGCUGAUCGAAGGACUUGCUUGGAGGGGUUUUGGUGAUCCGUGCCGCACUGUCGUCGUCUUUCCCGUCCAUCCCACGGCAGCAGGAGAAACGACCGUCGGCUUUAUCGUGCUUGGCAUCAAUCCUCGGCGGCCCUACGAUGACGACUACGAGCUCUUCGUCAAUAUUCUUUCCCGACAGCUAGCCACAUCGCUAGCCUCGGUCGUUCUAUUCGAGGAAGAGAUCAUGCGUGGCCAGAAGGAAGCCCAGCUUGCUGCGUUGGAUCGCCAAGAGCUUUCUAUGCAAUUGCGCCUAAGAACGGAAGAGGCCGUGGAAAGUGAAUAUAGGUUCACGAGGAUGGCCGAGUUUGCGCCAGUCGGUAUGUUUAUUGCUGAUGGGCGUGGGGUGAUCAACUACUGUAACGACACGUGGUGGGAGAUAUCGAGCCAUCCAAGGUCAGCAAACACGGUCGAUGCCUGGAUGCAGAGCAUUAGAGAUGAGGACAGGAAGGGUGUUGAGGAAGUUUGGAGGAAGUUGGUCAACGACAAGGUCGCCAUCACUCACGAGUUUAGGUUCAAGCGCUCUCGCCAGGCAGCUAACGGGCAACCUAUCGACACUUGGGUCCUAAUGAGCGCGUACCCCGAGAAGGGCGAGGCAGGAAGCCUCAAGAGCAUCUUCGGGUGCAUGACCGACAUAUCACAACAGAAAAGGGCCGAGGACUUCGAGAAACAGAGGCGUGAAGAGGCCGUCGAGUUGAAGCGCCAACAAGAAAACUUCAUCGACAUCACAAGCCACGAGAUGCGAAAUCCUCUCAGUGCCAUUCUCCAGUGCGCUGAUGAGAUAUCUGGGAGUUUGAUGAAGUAUAGAUUGGAUGAUGUCUCUUCCCCCGAGCUAAGCGACUUCGAGCUUCGGCUGGAUAACUGUAUCGAGGCCGCAAAUACCAUCUCACUGUGCGCGAACCAUCAGAAGCGCAUCGUGGACGACAUCCUCACCCUCUCGAAACUCGACUCCCAGCUAUUACUUGUAACCCCUGUUGAUACCCAGCCAGUUGUCGUGGUGGAAAAUGUCUUCAGGAUGUUCGAGUCGGAACUCAAAUCCAACGAUAUUACGGGCGAAUUUCAGAUCGACAAAUCCUACCUCGACUUGGAUAUCGAUUGGUACAAGUUAGAUCCAUCCAGGCUGCGCCAGGUCAUGAUCAACCUCAUGACGAACGCUAUCAAGUUCACGCAAGGGAGGGAGACCCGCGCGAUUGUCGUCAGCCUGGCAGCAUCCAAGGACGUCUCCCAGUCUGGCUUCUCGUACUUCCCAGGCCUCCGAGAUGGCUCGACCGACCUUACCGACGAGGCCGACUGGGGCGACGGCGAGAAGGUCAACCUCCACCUCUCAGUUACCGAUACAGGUCCGGGACUGGACGAUGACGAGAUGAAUAUCCUGUUUCAACGCUUCUCGCAGGCCUCGCCGCGGACACACGUUCAAUACGGAGGGUCCGGCCUUGGCCUCUUCAUCUGUCGGAUCUUAACCGAGCUCCAAGGAGGCCAGAUCGGGGUGAGGUCUGAGAAGGGCGUGGGCAGCACAUUCGAUUUCUACAUCAAGAGCAGGAUAGCACAUGACCCUCAUCCCGAUCCGACCUCUGAGGCUGCAAGAGCCGGCCAACGUUCUACCAGGUCCCCUGACUCUUUGUCGAAUGCCCCAAUGUUGCAGUACUCUACAAGAUUUGGUACCGAGACAUCCCGAUUGCGCGGAAUAGCCUCAAGAAACAUCGAAAUGGCGGCAAAUUUCACUCGAGAUUCCAAUGCCAGACCUCCCCUCGACAUCCUUAUUGUGGAAGACAACCUCGUCAACCAGCAGGUUUUGCAACGACAGCUCUCCAGAUCUGGAAACAAUACCUACGUUGCCAACCACGGCGGUGAGGCCCUCGAGGCUCUGCGGCGGUCCCGUUUCUGGACACCUCCAUGCUCUGACGAGACCACCAACAUCUCGGUUAUUCUCAUGGACCUCGAGAUGCCUGUUAUGGAUGGCAUGACCUGUGCUAGGAAGAUCCGUGAGCUGGAACGGGAGGGAACCAUCUCGCAGCAUAUCCCUAUCCUCGCCGUGACAGCUUAUGCCCGGCGUGAGCAGAUCGCCAAUGCCAAAGAGGCAGGGGUAGACGAUGUGAUUUCGAAACCGUUCCGCAUCCCCGAGCUGCUUCCGAAAAUCGAGGAAGUUAUCGCCAAAUAUAAGACAUGA